AUGGCAGAUGGAAAUCAAACCAUGAUGACUGAAUUUAUCCUGUUGGGAUUUACAACUAGUCCUAACCUACGGGCCAUCCUCUUUGUGCUGUUUCUGUGGCUCUUCCUGAUGACCCUGGUGGGGAACAUAGGAAUGAUCCUGUUAAUCCAGACUGACCACCACCUACAUACUCCCAUGUAUUUUUUCAUCAGCAGCCUGGCCUUUUUGGGUGUGACUUACUCAGCCAUCAUCACAUCAACAGCACUGAUGACUUCAACAGCAGAGAUCAAAGCAAUCACAUUCACUGGCUGUGCCACGCUUUUUUUCUUGUUCUGCAUUGCUGUAUCCUGUGAAUGUUAUCUGCUGGCAGGGAUGGCAUAUGAUAGGUUUGUGGCCAUCUGCAACCCACUGCUUUACACAAACAUCAUGUCCAUGCAAUUCUGUGUGCUCCUCGUGCUUGGCUCGUACACUGUGAGCUGCAUAAAUGCCAUCAUUCAGACUUCAGUUGUAUUCCGCCUGUCCUUCUGCCACUCCAACAUCAUCGAUCACUUCUUCUGCGAUGCUCCUCCAGUUCUGAAGCUGUCCUGCUCCAACACCUUUGUCAUUGACAUUAUUCAUUUCACCUGCAGUACAGUGGUGGCAACGUCUACAAUUUUGAUCAUUCUCAUGUCCUACACCUGUAUUAUAAUUGCCAUCCUAAAGAUUCAGUCUUCGAAGGACAGGCACAAAGCUUUUUCCACCUGUGCCUCCCACUUGAUAGCUGUCAUGGUCUUCUAUGGAACAGGUUUUUUCAUGUAUCUGCGGCCUAUCAAAAUAGUCAAUCAGGACAAGAUCAUCUCUGUUUUCUAUGUCUUGGCAAACCCUGUUCUGAAUCCCUUGAUCUAUAGCCUGAGGAACAAGGAGGUGAAAGAGGCCUUCAGGAGGACUGUACAAAGGAAGUUUUCUUCUGUCUGA